AUGGUGAAGGACACCAAGUUCUACGACGCGCUGGGCGUCUCACCCGACGCCAGCGAGGCACAGCUCAAGACCGCAUACAAGAAGGGCGCACUGAAGCACCACCCCGACAAGAACGCACACAACCCAGACGCCGAGGAGAAGUUCAAGGAGAUCUCAAAAGCCUACGAAACCCUAGCAGAUCCUCAAAAACGCCAGCUAUACGAUCAGUAUGGCGAAGAGGGUCUCGAGCAAGGCGGCAUGGGCGGUGGCGGCAUGAACGCUGAAGAUCUCUUCUCGCAAUUCUUCGGCGGCGGCGGCGGUAUGGGAGGCAUGGGUGGCUUCGGUGGCAUGUUUGGCGGAGGCAUGAGGGACACCGGUCCCAAGAAGGCGAGGACGAUCCACCACGUGCACAAGGUCUCUCUUGAGGAUAUUUACCGCGGCAAGGUUUCGAAGCUGGCGCUGCAGAAGAGCGUCAUCUGCCCCAAGUGCGACGGCCGCGGCGGCAAGGAGGGCGCGAUGAAAACUUGCACAGGCUGUAACGGUCAGGGUAUGAAGACGAUGAUGCGCCAGAUGGGUCCCAUGAUCCAGCGAUUUCAGACUGUGUGCCCCGACUGCAAUGGCGAGGGUGAGAGCAUCCGUGAGAAGGACAAGUGCAAGCAGUGCAACGCGAAGAAGACGAUCAUUGAGCGAAAAGUGCUGCAUGUGCACGUCGACCGAGGUGUCCAAAGCGGGACGAAACUCGACUUCAGAGGCGAGGGUGACCAGAUGCCGGGAGUUCAGCCGGGUGACGUGCAGUUUGAGAUCGAGCAGAAGCCACACGAGAGAUUCCAGCGCAAGGGUGACGACCUGUUCUUCCAUGCCGAGAUCGACCUCCUGACUGCCCUGGCUGGCGGCGCAAUCUACAUUGAGCAUCUGGACGAACGAUGGCUGACAGUCGACGUCAUGCCCGGAGAAGUGAUCUCACCAGGCGAGGUUAAAGUCAUCCGCGGCCAAGGCAUGCCAUCUUACCGCCACCACGACUUCGGCAACCUCUACGUGCAAUUCGACGUCAAGUUCCCAGAAGCCAUCAGCGGCCCACCAGGCGAAGACGGCUACCCCACCUCGAUGACAGCGCAGCAGAUCAAGGCUCUCGAGAGCGUACUGCCGCCACGGAAACCACAAGCGAUCCCACCGCCAGAUGCGAUGACCGAGGACUACGCCCUCGAGAAGGUCGACCCGAUGUCAGAAGGUCAAAGAGCGUCGAAGAUGCACAUGGAUGAGGAUGAGGAUGAGAUGGGCGGCGGCGAACGGGUGCAGUGCGCGAGUCAGUAA